AUGUUAAUUAACGGGUUUAAAAAAAACUUGGAUAACAAAAUUUCGCGUUUUUUUUUAACAAAUGCUUUAUUUGCGGCUUUAUACGCUUUCCAUGCUAUUUGCAAUUUAUUUUUAAUAAAAGCGCGUUGCAAACGGUUCGCUUUUUUACGAAAGUUAUUAAAUUUUUAUAUUUAA